CAAAUUUAUUAAUCAUACCACGUACAUUCCUAUCAAAAUCAAUAUAUAUGUCAAAUAGCACCAAUCCCUAUGACGGAGCAUUGGCCAUGGCCUCGCCGCCUGCUCCCAGCCGAAUGGCCACGGCUAUCCUCCCUCUGCUCGCUGACAUUUCUCCCCGCCUGCUGCGAUUCGACUGGAGCUGCAGCUUCUCUGUUCCUAUUGGUCAACAAUGAUGACCAUUCGUUGUCCUAUUGGCUAGUCAGUGGGAGACGUGGCUCCACCUACGGGCAAGUUCCUGAAAUGCAGCCGUGUGAUUGGCAGCCGGGUGCAGCCUUCUCCUGUGAUUGGAGGACGCUGCUGCCCGUUUGGCGGCGACGCUAGUCGAGUAUGGGGCGAUGGCGUACCAGAGCCUGCUGCAGGAGUAUCGGCAGAUUCCGGUGGUAACGCGAGCCUACACAACCGCCUGUGUGCUGACUACUGCGGCCGUGCAACUGGAGUUCAUUACCCCUUUUCAGCUAUACUUCAACCCUGAUCUAAUCAUCAAGAAGUAUCAAGUUUGGAGACUACUAACCAAUUUUCUUUUCUUUGGCCCUCUGGGGUUUAGCUUUCUGUUCAAUAUGAUCUUUUUAUACAGGUAUUGUCGAAUGUUGGAAGAAGGAUCAUUCAGGGGAAGAACAGCUGAUUUUCUACUUAUGUUUAUUUUUGGUGGAUUUUUAAUGACACUGUUUGGAAUUUUUGCCAGUUUGUUUUUCCUGGGUCAAGCUUUCACCAUUAUGUUGGUUUACAUUUGGAGCAGGAGGAACCCGUUUGUACGGAUGAAUUUUUUUGGGCUCUUGAACUUCCAUGCGCCCUUCUUGCCCUGGGUGUUGAUGGGAUUCUCAUUGCUUCUGGGAAACUCUGUCAUCGUUGACUUGUUGGGGAUUGUGGUCGGUCACGUGUAUUACUUUCUGGAAGAUGUAUUCCCAAAUCAGCCAGGGGGAGUGAAGCUGUUAGUGACUCCAAGCUUUUUGAUGUGGCUGGCCACCCUGUGGCAAUGGAGGAGGCCAUCGACAGACAGGUCGCUGUGGGAAAAUGAGCUGACAGAGUGCAGAUGCCCCGCGAAGCAGUCGCUCAUUCUGUACUUAAAGGAAGUCACAUCAGGAGCACCAAAUGCAGUCGAUGAGGUUGGAAGUGGUGCACGUGAAUCUGCCAUACUUGAAAUGGCUGUCUUCGUGCUGGAUGGUGGUGAGGGAAGUGAUAAAGGGACAAGGUUCUAAACCUACUGUGGUUGCAGUGGAAAUCACCAGGGGUCAGGGUGGUUUGGGAGGUGAGAAUGAUCCCUGUGAAAAGGGGUGGUCAAUUGCCAAAGUCACACAAGAAGCCAUGAAAUGAAACAUACAGUGUGCUUUGAACACAGAGCUUGUCAGGGUCAUGGAGGGUGUUGAAAAGCAGAGGGACCCUGGGGAAAAGUAUACCGUUCCCUAAAAGUGGCAACACAGUUAAACAUGGCAGGGAAAGUGGUGUUUGGCAUGUUUACCUUCAUCUGUAACGGCAAUGAGCACAGGAGUUGGGACAUCGUGUUACAACUCCACAAGACGGUAGUGAGACUACACUUGGAGUAAGGUGUGCAGUUCUGGUUGCCCAGUUUAGGAAGGAUGUCAUUAAGCUGGACGCAAGAAAGAAUCACAUGAAAAGGAUGUAGUCCAUGUCGGCCUGCUUUUCUGCUUAGUCCCAUCUACCUGAACCACAGCCCUCCAUAUUUACAUAACCAAACUUUUCCUGCAUGUUACAAUUGAACUGACAUCUACUAUUUCCACUGGCAACUCAUUCCACACUUGCACCAACCACAGUAAAGUCCUGUAACCUAUUUAGCCUAUUUCUAUAACUCAGGUCCUCAAGUCCUGACAACAUCCUUGUAAAUUUUCUCUGCAGUCUUUCUAGCUUAUUGAUAUACGUCUUGUAGGUAGGCAACCAGAACUGCACACAAUACUUUAAAUUUGACAUGUGUCUUAUACAACUUCAACGAAACAUCAAAACUUUUGAGUCAGUGCUCUGAUUUAUGAAGCCUAAUGUGCCAAAAUCCCUCUUUAUGACCCAAUCUACCUUUGAGGCCACUUUAAAAGAAUUAUGAUAUCUUUGCCCAGGCCUCUUUGUUCUACUGCACAACUCAAUGUCCUCCCAUUCAUAGUGCAUGUCUUACUCUACUCUGUCCUCCCAAAGAGCAACAUCUCACACUUGCCUGCAUUAAAUUCCAUCUGCCAUUUUUUCAACUGGUACAGAUCAGCUUGCCUUCCUUACUGUCCACUACACUACCAAUUUGGUGUCAGCCGCAAAUUCGCUGAAACAGUUUACCACGUUAUCUUCUAAAUUGAUAUUAAUGGCUCUGUCUGUCUAAAUAGACAAUGGAUGCGCCCAGUUUUGGGGCACAGAGCUGGGGAAUGAAUAUGGAGAUCCUGGGCUACCCAGACAUCAAGAUCCCCCUCUCGGCCUCGCGGAUGUGGUCCAAAGGAAUGCGAAGCAGUACAUUUGGCAUCAGCUUGGCUGCAGGAGCUGCCGGGAGGUGACCUGAUACAUCAUCCAACCGCCUUAGGGGCUCCACUCUGGAUUUGUGUAGGGUUUACU